AUGGGACACGCUGAGUCCAAGGAGAGGCUCUUGUUUAUUGAUAUAGUUAAACAUAUGAUAAAUGGAAGAGGAAUUAAAGUAACUAACAAGCAAUUAACUCAGUUUUUUCAGUUUGUACAGGAACAAUGCCCAUGGUUUCCAGAACAGGGAACAGUUAAUAUAGAAACAUGGCAAAAGGUGGGGCAAACUUUACAAGUAUAUUACAGUCAUUUUGGACCUGAGAAGGUCCCAGUAGAUACUUUUACUUUAUGGAACCUUAUUAGAGAGAGCAUUGCCCCCUUGCCUGAAGGUCAGAAGAACCCAUAUAAAUAUCCUGCAGAAGUAAUGGAUAAAUGUACUCCGUUACUUUCCCCAAAACCGUCAAAAGAAACUGAGGUUUUGGCUGCUGCUUUAAAAGACUGUAACCUUAAUGAUAAUGACUCAGAGGAGGAAGAUGAGUCACCUACUGAUAAAAACUCUAAUUUGUUAAAAAGUCCUCCUUUUGAUGAUGAAUUGCCUCCUGCAGAUCAGGAUGAUUUAGAUGCUGCUGCAUAUGAUUAUGAAAGAAGGAAGUACGAACCCCCUGGUGCUUUUUCAAUGCAAGAAACUAAGAAAAAUAGACCUAAUUUACAUGACAUGCGUCCCUUGGGUCGUUUACCGACCGCACCACCAGCUUCACUUUUUCCUCUAAAAGGGUCAAGAAGCCGAAUUUCAAAUGUCGGAGGUUUGCCACCUCCGCCACCUUUUAAUAAAGGUCAAGGCGAACAUAAAAGACAUAGGAGAAUAAACGGUGAGGAUGAUGAUUAUGCUUUUGCGGCCUGUUUUCCAGUCAUUUUUGAGGGUGAUUUUGAUGAUGAUGUAUAUUGGGAUCCCUUGCCUCUAAAACUUUUAAAAGAACUUAAAAAGGCCUGUAUAGAUUAUGGACCACUGGCGCCUUACACCAUGACUCUUAUAGAUGCCUUAGCAAAUAGAUGGAUGACUCCAUAUGACUGGAUUCAGGUUACCAAGGCCUGUUUAUCGGGAGGACAAUAUUUACUUUGGAAGGCAGAAUAUGAGGAACAGGUGGCUAAACAAAAUGCUUUAAAUAAGAAAUGGGAUAAAUUUAAUAUUACUAAAGAUAUGUUAUUAGGUCAAGGAGAAUAUGACUCAACCCAACAGCAGAUGCAUAUGGGAAAAGAGGCCUUAUGGCAGGUAACUACGUGCGCAGUAAAUGCCUGGAAGUCUUUGCCUUUGACUCCAGGAAAAGCCUCCACCUUAACAGAUUUAAGACAAAAACCUGAGGAGGCAUAUGAGGAUUUUGUUUCUCGGUUGUUAACAGAGAUAAAAAGAGUGAUAACUGAUGAGGAUGCAGCUAACAUACUAGCUAAACAAUUAGCCUUUGAAAAUGCAAACCCUGUUUGUCAGAACUUGAUUCGGUCAAUCAGAAAAACUGGAUUCCAGUAA